ACCGUUCGAUCACUCUCCACGUCAUCAAUCCGCGUGAAUUCCCGUUUCAACGGCUGAGAUCCCCGUUGCAGAAGCUACUGGUAGAUAGAGCAAACAAGCUUCCUCUCUCUCUCUCUCUCUUCGUAAUUUCUGAAAAUAUUGAGGAAGAAAAUAGAGGGAAAAAUUUUCUAGGUCGAGUUUUUCUAAAGAUGAAGUUGAUGGAAGAGGAGAGGGAAUUUGAGAAGGAAAAUGAAAUUAAGACUGCGGUAGAGGAAGAAGAAGAAGAGGCUGAUGGUGAAGAUGAAAGUGAAGUGGACGGCGGCGAAGAGGAAGACGACAACGAUGACGGAGAGGAUGACGAAGACGACGAAGGAGAGGAAGACGACGAAGGAGAGGACGACGAAGACGAUGAAGUGCAGGUUAUUCACUCUUCCAGUGGUCCUCCGGUCCACUCAGUGGAUGACGACGAGGAAGAGGAUGAAGAUGACGAAGAUGAAGAUGAAGACGGUGAAGGUGACGGAGAUGACGACGACGACGACAACAGUGACGACGAUGGAGAAGGUGAAGAGGAGGAGGAUAUGGGAACGGAAUACCUUGUCCGGCCCGUAGGUCGUGCCGAAGAUGAAGAGGACGCUAGUGAUUUCGAUCCAGAAGAAAACGGUGAGGUGGACGCUGAUGAAGAAGAGGAAGAAGAAGAUGACGACGAAGGUGGCGGAAAGAUUGAAGCUCCGCCAAAGAGGAAGAGAUCGAGCAAAGAUGAUUCCGAUGACGGCGGAGAGGAUGUUGAUGAGAGGCCCCCCAAGCGAUAGGGCUGAUGAAAGGAUCAGUGAUGGCGGCUGUCAUUUAGGUCAAUUUCUCUCUCUCUCGCUCUCUCCUUUUCCUCUCUUUAAAAUCUAUUUUCAUGUUCGAUGUGGUAAUAUGCAUAAUAUUCGGUUAAUGUUCUGAGAACAGCUUAGCUUGGUUUAGAAAUCGUGCAACUUUAUCAAUGUUUUAGAUCAAAUUGUAGACUCCGUGAAUUGGUAUUUUAGGGUUAAAACUUGUUUGUCUUUUAA